AUGGAGGGCAGUAAAGUAGUUAUCAACAUUGUUGAAAGUAGUAGAGAGAACGGCAGCUCCAGCGAUGGUCGCCCGCCGAUUCCCAACCCUCUCGCCGCUGCCGCCGCCUACCAACACUGCCUGAGCUCUGGAAGCACACCGUCGCCGUGUUCAAAGUCUCUCCUUCGACACCCGUCUCUGGUGAAGACCAGGUCCUCCAAUAUUUCCGCUGAACCAAGACUGAAUCGAGAUGAUAGUGAGAUUGAUUUCAUUCCGACACUUCGUUCUGGUGCAUGGUCAGACAUUGGUAUCCGCCCCUGCAUGGAGGAUGUCUAUGUUUGUGCUGACAAUCUGAUUCUUGAUUAUGGGGUUAAGAAAUCCAACGAAGGACCUAAUGCAUUCUAUGGGGUUUUUGAUGGACAUGGAGGAAAGCAUGCCGCUGACUUUGCAUGUUACCAUUUGCCAAGGUUCAUUGUUAAGGAUGAAGAUUUCCCUAGGGAGAUUGAGAGAGUUAUUGCAUCAGCAUUUCUGCAAACGGAUACUGCUUUUGCAGAAGCUUGUUCAUUAGAUGCUGAUCUUGCUUCUGGUACCACUGCUUUGGCAGUUGUUGUAGUUGGAAGCUCACUAGUGGUGGCAAAUGCUGGAGAUUGCAGAGCAGUACUAUGUCGUCGUGGUAAAGCAAUUGAGAUGUCAAGGGAUCACAAACCUGUUUGUUCGAGAGAAAGAAGGCGUAUAGAAGCAUCUGGAGGAUACAUUUAUGAUGGAUAUCUCAAUGGACAGUUAAAUGUUGCUCGUGCUUUAGGAGAUUGGCACAUGGAAGGAUUGAAAUGCGUGGAUGGUGGACCACUUAGUGCAGAGCCUGAAUUAAUGAGCACAAAACUAACACCAGAAGACGAGUUCCUCAUCUUAGGCUGUGAUGGUGUAUGGGAAGUUUUCAUGAGUCAAAAUGCUGUUGACUUUGCCCGUCGAAGAUUACAAGAACACAACGAUCCAGUGAAGUGUAGUGAGGAUCUCGUUAAUGAGGCUUUGAAGAGAAAGAGUGGAGACAAUUUAGCUGUGGUUGUAGUGUGUUUUCAACAACAACCGCCUCCAAACUUGGUAGCUCCUCGCGGACGGGUACACAGGAGCAUUUCAGCCGAAGGUUUGAAGGAGUUACGAAGCUUCUUGGAUAGCCUAGAAAAUUGA